AUGGAUGUGUCGGUGGGAGGACCGGGAGUAGACGACAAGCGCAAUCAGUCGUCUGCUCCUCAUCCCUCUGGCGUUCCCGAACAGAUUCCUACAAAUAUACAGUCUUUGACGGAUGUUGACAAAAGUGACAUGGAUGACAGUGCCACACAAGUAGUCUCAGUGAAAUUGACUCAGAGUGAAAGUAACUCGGCCAACCCGGAAGCUAAACUAUUCGGAUGGUUGCAAAUUCUCACACGUGGUAUAAUCAAAACAAACAGACAGCGUUUCUGCGUGUUCGGGGAUAACACGUGCAAGCUUUAUGUGUACCGUAAUCAGCAUGACUUUCUACCUUUGGAUGAAAUUGAUAUAUCCAGAGCUUCUUUUCAUUUUAAUGCUGGAAAUACUGGCAAGCCCGGGAGUUUUGAAAUCAGGUCUGGAGGGAAAGAACACCUGUUGGAUGCAUCUGAUCGACAUUCGAUGAUGUUCUGGUUACAAGAACUACAGAAACGUCGUAGAAUAUUUAACAUGGCAAGGAACUCACUCUCGCGAGACAGACUUGGUCAGUGGAAUUUCAGGAGAACACAGGGGAAUAUCAGUGGGCUUGUUUCCAAGAAGGAUGAAGUUGACAUGGACGUAGAGACCAGCCACAGUGACUUCCCUUUGAUAAAAGCACCAACCAGUCUGCUUCUCGGACCACCAGAGGGUACUACCACUAAUUCUCUCUGGUCAUUUACUAACCUCAAGUCUGAACUUCAGAAUGCUUUCUCUAACAUUAAAGGACAAAUAGACAGCACAGUACCUAGACAAUUGUCUGAGAGUGCUUCACCGUCACCAAGCCAAGAGGAUAUUGUGAGCCCAGAUGGUUCUACCCCAACCCUCAGACAUGCCUCCAUAUCAUCAGUCAAACCGGGGGGUAAAGUUGGCAAGUUUAAGUCAGCAUUUGGAAAGGUGUUGGCCAGGAAGUCUGUAAUAAGCGAUGAGGAAGCACCACCUAGUGUCUGUAACAGGUGUAAGCUGCUCCAGAAACAACUGACAAAUGCCCAACAGGACCAGCAAGCUACAGAUGAGGAACUACAGGCAAACAGGGAGAUCGUCCGUCUGCUUCAGAAAGAGUUGGAUUCACUUACUAAGGAAAUGGAGACAAGGUUCCAGAUGAGUACACAAGACAGAGAGGGAUUUGAGGGAAUGCUUAAAGAACGAGACAAGCAUAUUGUUGAACUCAAGUUUGGCCUGGCGUCUAUGAAGGAAGAGAAGGAGUUAUUGGCACAGCAAUUCAGGACAAAAUCGGGAGAAUUAUGCAGUAUCCAAGAUCAGUUAAAGAUGUUUGAAGAUAUGUUGGCCGCUAAAGAUGAAACCAUCAUCAAAUUAACGAAUAACCUGACAGAGGCAGAGAAAGUGGUGGCUGACGGGAAGGCUAAUGGUUAUGUAGACAUAUCUCCUUCUAUACCACCUACCGAUUCACUCAUUUCCAACUCCACGCCAAUUCCUGCGAUUGAUACAAGAGAAAUACAGAGACUCAAGGAUAUGUGUGCAGCAUACGAAACUCAAAACAAGUUCCUAACCAAUGAGAUACUGGAAUUGACAGAUCUCAGACAGCAUGAUGAAGAUAAUGCCAAAACACUGGCAAUGAGCUAUGCACAGCUGGAGGCAAAGUUCUACCAAACCCAUAGCAAAUAUCUUAUCCUUCUUCAAGAGUUUAAACAGCCAGUAAGGGGUGAGGAUGAUAUCCAGUCCCAGGAGAUGGUCACUCAACUCCUCUCUGAUGCCCUGGACCUGGAUGAAAAUGAAGAUAUGGACUACUUGUUUACCACUAGUGGACAGGAGUAUGACCGAUAUGGCUUCCUAAAGAAGUACGGUGGGGAUGAGGAUGAAGACCCUCUCAUUGCCAAGGCUACCGAACUUGAGAGGAAGUCAGCAGAGCUGUCCACCAAAAUCAAGGAAGCAGAUGAGGUGACCUCACACUUGGUCAAGUGGGACAACUUCAUGGUGGGUCAGACUGGAAAAACUCUGGUCAGAUCAGCUGAACUCAAGGGACUAGUACGCAUGGGUGUUCCUCAUGAACACAGAAGUCAUAUCUGGAAAGGGUGUGUGAACUUCUAUGUGAGUGCUGAUCGAGAUAAAUUAGGUCCACACUACUACAAGGGAUUGAUAACACGAUCAGGCGACACCCCACACAAUCCUGCUGCCAAACAGAUUGAACUAGAUUUGCUGCGAACCUUGCCCAACAAUAAGUAUUAUGAAAGUUCCGAUUUGGAUGGUGUUGCCAAGCUACGACGUGUGUUGGUGGCCUACAGCCUUCACAACCCUGUAAUUGGAUAUUGCCAGGGUCUGAACAGACUGGUUGCCAUUGGUUUACUGUUCCUUGAAGAAGAAGAAGCCUUUUGGUUAAUUGUGGCCAUUGUUGAGCACAUCAUGCCAAAGGAUUACUAUAGUAAAACUCUGAUAGCAGCUCAAGCCGACCAGCGAGUGUUGAAGGACAUGGUCCAGGACAAGUUGCCACGUCUGUACACACACUUUGAGACCCACAACGUUGAUCUAUCACUCUUCACAUUCAACUGGUUCCUCACCAUCUUUGUGGACAAUAUCCCGCCGGAGACUUUCCUCAGGGUGUGGGACGCUUACCUGUAUGAAGGCAGUAAGAUGUUGUUUCGUUUUGCUGUGGCCUUUUUCAAAAUGGCGGAGGAGGAAAUCUUACAACAGAACAGUGCACUGGGUGUGAAUCACUACAUGAGAGUUAUUGGGGAGAAGAUGACCGACGUGCGGAGAAUUUCUCAGUUUGCCUUCAACUGGAUCAACCCUUUCCCCAUGCGGAGUAUUUCCACCAAACGUCAGUUUUACCUACAGCAGCUCAGGUGUGAACUUGCUGAGUUGGAUAAACUUCGAGACGACAUCAGGAGUCAACGAGUGACAUCUGAUUGUAGAGAGUUCUUCAGUGAUGACGAGUUAUAG